AUGUCCUCAUCCACGGAAUCUGCGAUCCUGCUGUUCAGGACUGAUGUUGUCGAAGAUGUUUCCCCGGACUUGAGCCAACAAUUCAAUUCAAUUCGAUUACACGCAAUCUCCAUCUGUCUUACCACCUUGGGUCCUUUAUCCUACUCCCAACUACAAUUUUAUUCAAUGACCCAGAGUCAAUCCUCCUUCACCAUGGCUAUCCAACUACAGCGCCAGGAACAGAGCUUGAAAUGCGAGCAAUGCGGACUCCCUGCCGUGAGCUUAUCCACAAGCCCAAGCUCCAAUGAUGCUGGCAGUCAGGCAUACUACAAAUGUGUCCCAUGCAAUCGCUUCUUAGGCCCUUGCCCUCGCAACACAUCAGGAGCUAGUCAGUAUGGUGACAGCGAUUCUGAAUCAUCAGGCUCGGAGGACCAUGUACCUCGCGGUCUCCCCAUCAUUUCUACGAAGAAGCAAAAGUCCAACCCACACCCGGCUCCGGAGUUCGAUGAGGACUGGGAGGCGAAUUGCAGUCCAGGCUUCAUGGUCUCGAGAUUCAAGGCGCAAGGCAGGGAAGUGCUUCUCUGGCCUUGA